AUGGCUCCGGCCGCCGCCUUCUUGUCGGCGUGCGCUGCUGGUUCCCUUCUCCGUGCACCCUCCCUGACCCCUGGGCGUCUUCUUCUCCCCGCUCCACUCUCCCCCGCGCGCGGGGACCGCUGCCGCGGCUGCAGCCUCGUUGGCGUAGGCGCCAGCACGAACACCCGCCGCGCGCCAACCCUUCGACGGAACGCCUCCGCGGAGACGGUGGUUCCCUACGUGCCGGGCUCCGGCAAGUACAUAGCGCCAGACUACCUCGUGAGGAAGGUGUCGGCCGAGGAGGUGCAGGAGCUGGUGAGGGGGCACAGGAAGGUGCCGCUCAUCGUUGACUUCUACGCGACCUGGUGCGGGCCCUGUGUUCAGAUGGCGCAGGACAUCGAGAUGCUUGCAGUUGAGUAUGAGGACAAUGCUCUGUUUGUGAAGGUGGACACAGAUGAUGAAUAUGAGUUUGCAAAAGACAUGCAGGUAAGAGGGCUUCCAACGCUUUAUUUCUUCAGUCCAGACCAAAACAAAGACGCCAUACGCACUGAGGGGCUAAUUCCUAUGGAUAUGAUCAGAAACAUCAUUGAUAAUGAGUUAUGA